AUGGCCCAACUCGCCGUGCUCACAGCAAAAAUCAGAACCAAGCCGACAAUAGUCGAGAAGAACUCCAAGCCCGCCGAGCCCAAGGUCCGGCUCAGGCCCCAGAUGAGCAGCUCGCUCGCUAAGCAAAUCGUCGCAACCAGCAAAUAUCCAGCUCCUUCAGCAAUGGCAUUGUUCCAGCGAAGCCGCCAGAUGCCUGGUCCGGCCAUGUCGUGGGAGAUUCUCGCCGCGGAGAACAAAAGAAUGGAGGGCAGGAUUGCGGCACCUUGA